GGGGUUUGCCAGACCGCUGUGGGCCCGUUCGGCCACCCCUGUCAUCUCGGGAAGCCUCCGAGGCGCCACCGGAGCCCGUGUCCCCCACCCCGAGCGCCGCGCCUCGGAGCCCGCGAGCCCGGCCGGCCGGGAAGGAUGAACCAGCACCUGACAAAUUUUUGAGACAGCCCACGGCUUAGAGGGAGGCUCAUCUAAAUAAAGGCCGGCUAAGUGACAUUGCAGGGCUGUAAUCCUCCGGCUGCCCGUGUUACCAGAGGAUGGUUUUUAAGUUUCUUUUUUUCUGGGGUCUAGAUUAUUGGGUCUCUGGGGCCCUGAGCAAGAGAGUGCGAGAUGAAGAAGGUCAGAGAUGAGCGCCACCAUCAGGGGCCUGGGGGCCUCAGGGGGGCUUUUACACACCAGAGGAACAGAUUCUCUGGCCAUCAAAGAAAAUAGCCAACUGGAGCCUUUGUCCCGGGACACAGCCACCUACUGCACAGCCAUCCAGAAAGCUCCUGGAGCCUGCCAGAGAAGCAGCUAUGGUAACUGGAAGGGUGCCUGAUUGUACAGUCAGAGCCUGGAGGUUCAACGUGAAAGAAGGUGUGAGAUGUCUCCGGUGAGGCGGGCAGCCUUGGGCCUGGCUGGGUAGACACGGGGCCCCUUUGCCUCUGCCCUCCUCUGACCGCAGCCGCGAAGGACGCUGCUUCCCAAGGAGUCUGGGGCCAGCUCUGCGGGCAGACGGGACUCUGGCGGGACUUACCGCCUACCUCCCACCCUCGGGCCUCCUCCGCGUCUCCCCGCCUGCCCCUGCUCCGUGCCCCUUUGGCUGCGAUGGAGACGUGGGCCUGCCGUGGACGAUGACUGCAGUGUACGUGAAUGGAGGCGGCCUGGUGAACCCCCACUAUACCAGGCGAGAGCGGCGCGAGAGCGUGGGAAGUGGCUGCCAGACAGAGUGCAGCAAGGAGGACGAAGAGGGACAGCGUCGCCAGCUGACACCCUUCGAAAAGCUGACCCAGGACAUGUCCCAAGAUGAGAAGGUGGUGAGAGAGAUCACGCUGGGGAAACGGAUCGGCUUCUACCGAAUCCGAGGGGAAAUUGGAAGUGGAAACUUUUCCCAAGUGAAGCUCGGGAUUCACUCCCUGACCAAAGAAAAGGUGGCCAUUAAGAUCCUGGACAAGACCAAGUUAGACCAGAAAACCCAAAGGCUACUAUCUCGUGAAAUCUCCAGCAUGGAAAAACUGCACCAUCCCAACAUUAUCCGUCUUUACGAAGUCGUGGAGACUCUAUCCAAGCUUCAUUUGGUGAUGGAGUAUGCAGGAGGUGGAGAGCUCUUUGGGAAAAUUAGCACUGAAGGGAAGCUCUCAGAACCAGAAAGCAAGCUCGUCUUCUCCCAGAUCGUGUCCGCUGUGAAGCACAUGCAUGAAAACCAAAUUAUUCAUAGAGAUUUGAAAGCAGAAAAUGUGUUCUAUACCAGUAACACUUGUGUGAAGGUGGGCGAUUUUGGAUUCAGCACAUUAAGUAAAAAAGGUGAAAUGUUGAACACUUUCUGCGGGUCUCCUCCCUACGCUGCACCCGAACUUUUCCGAGACGAGCACUAUGUCGGUGUUUAUGUGGAUAUUUGGGCCUUGGGGGUGCUUCUGUACUUCAUGGUGACCGGCACCAUGCCAUUCCGGGCAGAGACCGUGGCCAAACUGAAGAAGAGCAUCCUGGAGGGCACGUACUGCGCGCCCCCGCACCUGUCGGAGCCCUGCCUCCGCCUCAUCCGGGGAGUCCUUCAGCCCGUACCCGCCGACAGGUACGGGAUCGACUCCAUCAUGAACAAUGAAUGGAUGCAGGGGGUGCCAUACCCCACCCCUUUGGAACCUUUCCAGCUGGAUCCCAAGCAUUUAUCAGAGACCAGCACUCUCAAAGAAGAAGAAAAUGAGGUCAAAAGCACUUUAGAACAUUUGGGCAUCACAGAGGAGCAUAUUCGAAAUAACCAAGGGAGGGAUGCCCGAAGCUCCAUCACGGGGGUCUAUCGGAUCAUUUUACAUAGAGUCCAAAGGAAAAAGGCUUUGGAAAGUGCCCCAGUAAUGAUUCUACCAGACCCUAAAGAAAGGGAUCUAAAGAAAGGGUCCCGUGUCUGCAGAGGCAUAAGACACACAUCCAAAUUUUGUUCAAUUUUAUAAAUUGCAUUAGAUGACUGGUAACCAAUUAACCAAGAGCAUUGUCGCUGCUUUUAAAUUUUUUCAUGGACAACUUGGGUGAAGACAUUUUUGUAAUUUUUAAAUAAAUUUAAGACAAGGGUUUUUCUCCUCAAAAAGUGUAUUAGCUCAGAUUCUGGCUUUCUCUGUGUCUACUUCUCAAACUCUAGCAUUCAUUCAUUUAAUCAAGAAAUACAUAUCCAAUGCCUCCUAUGUGCCAGGCACUGUUCAAGGUGCUGGGGAAAGAGUGAAGAUGUAAUAAGGCAGGUCCUCCCUCUCCUAUGCAAGCUAUUCCAGUGCUGGACAAAGACACUACCAUAAAAUCAUCUCUUAAAGAAAAACGUUAGAUAGUUAUAGCUGCUACACUGAGAAUUCAAAUAGGGAACCUGAUGAUAGAGGCUUGCUGCUUUGCAUUAGGUCAUUAGGGGAGGCCUCUUUGAAUAAAUGACAGUCUGAAAUCUGAAUGAGACUCUUGAAAAGCAGGCCAAGAGCAUUCCAGGCAGCCAGGUGUUUUAGUCUGGGUUCCUCCCAAACAGAGCCUAAGCCAAGGCUCCAUGUAGAGCAGUUUAUUUGGGAAGUGAUCCUAGAGAGCAAGAUUGCCAGACAAGGGAGAGGACCAGGGAAAGCCGAUGAGAGUUGGCCAGUGGUACAGGCACUGGUGUCAGUCUUGCAGUCCAGGGUACAAAAGGAAAAAGGAGGCAUUUAUCCAUUGGCUCCUGUUCACCACUGGGCAAGAGUGGCCCCACAGUUUCACCUGCCUGCACUUUCAGGUGAUGCUGUAAGUACCUCGCUACCCAGUGGUGCGACUGGGAAGAACAUUUAAUGGCAGAUUAUGCUGUUUGAGGAGUGCCAAAUAGGUUCCCUGUGCUUCCCAUGCUUUAGUGUCAGAGAAGCUUUGGAGCAGGAAGUAAGAGGUACACAGCACUGGCCUUAGAUAAGACACAGUCAGGUGUGACCUGGGUGAAGCCAUCCAGACUUGCAUGGAAAUGGUUACUGCAUCGGUGGCUGAAGGAAGAAUUGUGGCAGAGAGGCUGUGAAGUGGUACCCAGGAGCUGCCUGAUGCAGCCCACCCCAGGCUCUGUCAGAUUCCUCCCAUGAAAUCUGUUGCAGAGGCAUCUCCUUCCAGGGGGAUGGGACCUGGAAGGACUUAAUGCGGGGGCUCAGGAGAACAAGCUGCAGCUGUGGUUCUCAGGUUCUGGGGCAUCAGCAUCUCCUGGAGGGCUCGUUAAAGCACACCUGAGGUUUGACUUUGCACACCUGGGGUGGAGCCCAGGCUCUGCCUUUCUGACGAGCC